UCUCUUUAUUGCAGGAUGUGGCGCUUGACGGCGACGCUGCUGCUGGUCAGCCUGGCCUCUGCGACACCUUUUUUUGAUUAUUUCAAGCUCAAACGAAAACCCGUGUGUGAGACAAUGACCUCCGUAGUGGAAAAAACAGAACUUAAAACUUCCGUCGCCAUUGAGACCGUCACCCAGGUUAACACACAGCCCACUACGACAACCGUAUACAAACAGGAGGUGAUCCCCACAACGCUAUACUGGACUAGCAUCCAGACGCAAUUAAAAUACCAGACCAAUGUGAUUCAGCAGACCACAACCAAAUACGUAUACAAAGUUGUGACCCAGACCAUGCCCAGCCCUCCAGGCCUGGAGGUCCGCUACAUCACCACGACCCGUGUCGUGCCUCAAGUCAGCUACGUCACCCAGACUCAGGUGCAGACACAGGUUGUGCCUGUAGAAGUCACUCGCACACAGGUUCAGACAGUUAACACCCCUGUCGUCAACUAUCAGACACAGGCGGUGCAGCAAACACAGUAUGUAUCUGUGCCCGGACCGGAUGUGGUCCGUACCCGCGUGCAGACCUUGGUCCAGACCUCCGUGGUCCGCCAGCAGCAGCCCGGUAACACCCGCUACGUCACAUCCACCAGCGUGCGUCAGGUGGUUCAGACAAGCGUGGUCCGAGGCCGGGACGUUGUCAGCACUAGCGUGGUCCAGCGCCAGCAGGUCAUCCCCUACACCUCCGUCAACACCCGCUACGAAAACGCUUACACCACUCGCGAGCAGGUCGUCACCCGCACCAACGUCGUCACUCAGACCCAAGUCCAGACACAGGUUGUUCCUCAAGAGGUGGUGCGGACCCAGGUGGUGCCCACCACCAUCUACACCACCAUCUACAGGACCCAGGUGCAGCCCUUCACCCAGGUGCAGACGGUGGUCCAGACCCAGUAUGUCACUCCCGCCCCCGUCUACCAGACCCAGGAGGUGACCCGCACCUCGGUGGUGCAAGUCCCCGGCCAGGACCGCGUUGUUACUCAGCAGGUGGUACAGACUCAGCAGCGGCAGCAGGUCGUGUACCAGACAGUUACUCAGCCCCAACAGGUUACCGUCACCAGGACCGUCACUGGAACUUGCGGACAGACUGGAUAUAACUACGAUAGGCCAGCUGUGCCCUUUAACUUCUAAAGAUGAAUCGGAUUAAUAUAACAUCAUUAUUAAUGUAAUUGAAUACCAUACAAAUGAAAGAGGUGCAUUUUCUACGUAAAAAUGACCCUAACACUCAAGAAGCAUACAUUUUGUAUUUAUAUUCUAAGGAAUAAACUAAUAAUAUUA